AUGUUGUAUUCGGACUAUAAGGCAUACCAGCAAGGGGCACCAGCUGGAUACGCCGGCUGGUGCCUCGUGGCCAUUUUCAAAUUUGCGCUGGACUGCAACCACUCUCCGUCCAGUAUGUCCGGCACCAAGACCCCGACCACCGUGACGUCGCAGCAGCAAUCCCCCAUUGACAUCAACCCGAAAGCCACGAAAGAGGUCGUGAUGGACAAGCGCGUUGGCCACAUUCACCUGGCCCUUGGCUCCGCCUCUGGCCACAUGGAGUACCUCGAUACUAACUUCCGUGUCAACUGGUGUGGCGACGCCAAGUCCGUCUUGACGCUUCGCGACGGGCGUGAAUACCACCCCAUCCAGUUUCACUUCCACACCCCAUCCGAGCACACGUUGGAGGGCAAGCGGUUCCCGUUUUGCAUGCAUUUGGUGCACCAAGCCGCCAAUGGCGAUCUGGCGGUCGUGGGAGUGUUCUUUGAAGAAGGUGAAGAGAGUUCGUUUUUGAAGCAAUUCUGGCACUACCUGCCAGAGUUGGACCCCCACGGCGAGCACUUGACGGUCAACAACAUCGACUUUGACAGCCUCGACAUCACCAACGAAAGCUUCUUCCGCUACCAGGGCUCGCUGACGACGCCGCCAUUCACAGAAGGCGUCGAAUGGGUCAUUGUCAAGGACGCCCGCACAGUGUCCAAGGCGCAAAUUCUAGCGUUUAUAGAUGCCAUUCCUGGAGAGUCCAACGCGCGAGAGUUACAACCUAUUCGAGGCGCCGCCGGAAAGAUGCUGUUUUGCUGCUGACAAAAUCUAAUCUAAUCUUAUGUUCGUUAUUGUA